AUGGCGUCUCAAAGCGAUGAUUCAGAUCCUACUCCCGACGUAGUCGCUCAGACUGAGCGCUCAGUUCAGAACAAAGUGAAGUCUCUUUCCAAGGGCUCAGGUGUCGCGAAGCUUAUUAUGGCGCAAAGCUAUGAUCCAGACACUCUCGACAUACUCGCCCAAAUGGAGUGUUUGAAACUCAAAAAAAAAUCAAAGCCUCUUUUAGGGGGCUUACGCGACAUUGAGCCGUUGAGACAAUUAAUAAAUGGAGCCAGACCGCGGAAAAGCAAGUUCACAUAUACUAAGACUGUAAUUUGCCAGGUCUCUACAAUUAGAUGUCAGAAUGGUGAGGUGCGCUCCACUGAUAUCGUUGGUGGUUUAACAAAUUUUUUCGACAUUGGUGCAGUAGUAGUCACAUCUAACGAAGCUGUGUUUACGCUUAGAAAUAUACCUAGGGUGGAAUCGGGAUAUCUUAUGACCUUGAAUGAACGUGUGUGUGUUUUCCCCAAUCGAAGGUUCGUAAUUUGUCAAGAUGGAUUAAUUGGAGAAGGGCGCUUUAUUAAGCCGGAUUCUGACAGCAACCCGACAUUAGUGGAGAAGCUAAUGGAAGAUUUCGAGCUCAUUCCUCGUAAUCUCGCCGUGCAGAUUCGCAACGAAAUCCAAGCGAAAGAAGUUGAGCUUGGUGGAGCACAGCCAAGUAGCUCACAUUUAGACGACGUGGACUAA